UCCGAACUGAAAGUUGAGAGAAGCCAUUGCCAACCCUCAACCCCCCUGGAAUCCUUGAGAAGUUCUGUGUGAUACUGUAGUACUGGACAAGUAGCGUAGGGCUCCAGAGCGUUUUUCGUAGUCUAUCAGGGUCUUAGCGCUCGAACAAUAAAAAAUGUACCAGCCCGUUUACCACACGCAGCAUGCCCCUGAAUGGUACCACCAGCAACAUCAGCCGAGCGGUCGUCUCAGGCACGGGUCAAACCUCCUGUAUAUUAUGGAUUCGUAGAAGUAACCCUCUCGAAUUAUUUCUUUAAGCCAACGGUCUAAUUUCUGAUACUAGGCAGAACCCUUCAUCUGAUAUAAUCAAGGUAUUAACGUCUUCGCAGUCACAUCUUCACCUACUGUUAUUUCCUGAAGGUUCAUCUUGAUGCCUGUGAAGAAGUGCACUGUUGAGAAGCAGCCACAUUUUGGCGAUUCGUAUCUCUAAGAAUAUUUGCAAUUUACCUGGCGGCGUGCAGGCGCAGGACCUUGUGCCGAAGUUGACGCUUUACGGAUGUGUGGAGCACUUAAGCCUCAGUGACGUGGAAGCUAAGAGAAGGAAUCGUAAGGAAGUUCUCGUGUGUCAUUUCGUACCUUGUGUGGAACGACCUCUUGCUAGGCAAAUGAGUGAAUGAAUGGGUGAAUCUUUUAAGACCAAAAAACGUUUUAAUGGUGUCGCUCGCUCUCUAACACGAGCACCAGCGAUAUUCCGAGUUACGCGUUUGUGAAAUUACACUCGCGUCAUGCAGUAAGUGCAGCGGUUCGCGGGAUGAACGGUCUGCCUCUCUCGGAGCUCUUUCCCGAAAUGACCGGGAGACAGAAGAAACUGUUAUGAUUUGGUGGGAAAUCGCUAUCUCAGAGACUGGAUGAUGCUUUAGUCAGUAAGGUGAAAUGAAUGGGACUUUGUAUACCUUUUUGGAGUAUUACUAAUUCGACGGGCUUGGGAAUUACUACUUAGACGUUUAAUACGAGCACCUGUUGUUUUAUUUCCUCCAACAGAGCUCUCUUCGACGGCAAUCCGGGUGUGUAGAGCAACCGGCCAGGCUGACUUCAAAACGCCAACCAUCUACAAUCCUCAGUGGUCCGAGCAUAUUUCACCAGAUGGGACGUCGUAUCCUUUACGUUUUAUGUUUCAUCGGCCACUUCUAGGCAUCCUUGCGAUGGUAAGACUUCACCUCCUGUAGGACAGUUGUACUCUGCUGGCUCUCCGACGUCGCUUUUGCAUGCCUACUACAAACCACUUCUUUUAUUUUUCAGGUAUUAUUACGAUUGUUGGUCUGCCGAAUCAACAUGGACGUUGCCACCUGUAUUAGGAAUUCAAGCCAAUCACGCAUUAAGCGCUGAUCAUCCGACGAUGAGAAGGUAAGCAUUAGUACAUUCAUUCAUUCAUUCAUUUACCUAGCACGAGGUGUUGUCAGAAACCUAAUUAGGAGUCUUUUUUACUAACUCCGGUAGAGAGUUAGCAAGUCGAAAUAGGUCAGUAUUAGAGACAUUACAGUGGUCAUGAAAUCGACCUAAUUAGGCAUUUGUUAGCGCAAAAGAAUCAAGUCCUAUUUUGAUGUUCCAAAACCAGGCAUGGCCGGAUAUUGGAUGCCUCGUCAAUCGAAAUCUUAAGGCUUCAGCUGAGUAUUGUAGAAAGGUGGAAGAUCCAGAAUUUAUAAGGAGAUGCACGUUUUGAAGAAGAUUCAUAUAAAUCUAAAUCAAUUUAUCAGAAAUGACGUAAAACACUACUUAAUUUCCUAGAGUAACAACACGAUGUCGGAUGCUGGAUUUCCUAGAUAUCUCAGCUAACAUCUACAGAUCACAUGUCCUCAAGUGUGCAAGGGGAAAGGAAACAUGAUUACCCGAGGAUGCAGGUCAAACUGUGGACGGUGAAUCAAAUCCUAUCCUAUCCUAAACAUUAUAUGCUACUAAUAAUCGAGGGAGCGGAGAAGCAGAGCGUGUUUGUCUGCUGUCUGCCCUUGAGCUGGUCAGCGGCAACCCUGCGGAAUCGAGCUCAGAUGUUCGGCCAAGUCGUCAAGGCAGUAGUGCAACGCGACGAAUACGAACAAAGUUUAUGGUUGAUGUCUGUACCUGUGUGUCUCUAUUUUAGACUCCAGGAAAGGAACGAAUCUACGAUCAAGAAAAUGAGUAGAGUGUCUUCAUGUCGCGAGCUUCGCUAAUCUUAUGCCUCUUCGGAUACAUUGUGCUCACAACAGCUGAGGACGCGGAGAGGUGUGCCAGAGAACUACACAACAGAUUCGAGGACGGAAAGACCCUGAUUGCCGAGAAAGUCACUCCACGUGUUUGAGCGAAUGGGGAGGAGGUCGCUGACCAAAAAAUCCGUUUUUAGUCGACUGAAGCCAAUUUGAAUGUUUGACCGACUGGAGGGAAUCAUUUUUUGACCGACCUGAGACGCCAAUUGACUUGUGGUCGACGGGAUUAAGUGGGUUUUCAAUCGCGAGGGGCCAGGGAGUUGUUUUCGGACGGGAUCCGAUCAAUUUUUGAUCCACUGAAGCCAAAGUGAAUGUUUGACCGAGUGUUUCACCGAAUGCGGUUUGGGUGAGAGCAUGUGUUGAAUGACGCAGUGCCUGUUGAAGCUGAAAAGAGCAGAGGUCGGACUCUUGUACAACAUGGUUGCUCCUCUCUGUCUGGUCAAGAAAGCAGCUCCUUCUAUGCGGCUUAAAGUCAAAUGCUAAUUAAGCCCAACAAGAAUUGAUAGAUAAAUAGUCAAAGCUUUUCGUAAUUGCAAUGCGAGGGUAAGGCUCUGCAUCUAAUUUGUUCGAAGUCCUAGCUAGGCAUUCUGUGUGACAGCUCUAGCUAGGUCUUUUGCUCGUUCGCAUAGAUUGUAAAGUCAGGCACAGGGACUAGACAGCACUUGUUGCAUCGAAUAUAGCCUGCAAAGCAUCGCUUUUACUACUCUGAGAAUACAGAUGAUUUUGCAAAGCAAGGGUACCUAAAGCUACCACAUCUAAGCUCAUCUUUUGUACUCCAAUAUUUGUCUUGAAGAUUUGAUGGUUGUCACUAGGAUGCAACGGAUCUUCUACUUUUCAAUAUGAUGCUUCAUCUAGUCGUGGAUUUAUGUAAUUAUUGAAGUCAGUUCGUAGAGAAAGGUUGUAGCUGUGGUUCGUAUCCUAGGUAAAUUUCUGGAUCAUUGUCUGCAUAAAGUCUAUAUCGCGGUCAUUAUCGCCGUGUUACAGAAUCAGAUGCAUUUUGUCAUGCGUUGUGCGGGACUACCCUGUGAUAUAGCAAGGUAGGACUCGUCAUGGUCAAAGCUGGGAUGAAAGGUGGUAACAAGAAGGGCCAUGAUUGAUGCAACACUUCCGGAG